AACGCCAGGACACGCGAUAAAGCCCACAGGCGGAACCAAGUCGGGACAGCGCGACAAAAGCUGACAAGUGCCGAGUGCCAACAAACAUAAUUAGGCUGCUGCCCGACACACGCGCUCGCGCCUUCACCAUCAUUUUGUGUGCAGCUAAAACGAGUGCCAAGAACAGCAACCCUCAACGCAAACAAACACAAAGCAAUGUGAGAUAAUCAUAAACACAGCACAAAACGAAAACGAAAACUCGAAACAGCAAAGAGCCGAAAACCAAACAAAAACAGUGCAAAAAGUAAGCGAGAGAGAGAGAGAGAGAGAGAGAAAAAAGCGAAUUUUAAACGUCUGCAAAUUAAUCAACGUGCUAGGAAACUCGACAGACAAACUGUCGUCGGCACAGGAUCAAGUCCUAGACAACUUAUCACUGAGGAUUUACGGACAGACCCACAGACAGAGAGCGAGAGAGAGAGUACAGCCAGGCAGCAGCUAAUCAACGGCCACAGACGACGCGAAGGCUACACCCAAGCCCCAGCCGCGGGAGGAGCAGUGGCAACAGCAGCCGCCGCCUCAUUUGGCCACUGCGGAUUAUGUUAAUUAGAUUUUAUACACGCAACGACAGCGGGCGGCCAACGACAACGACAACGACAGGGGAGCACUUUCCACUGUAAUGUGACAACAGUUGGCCAUAACAACAACAAUAACAGGGAGAACAAAGGGCAAGCAGGAUAACAACCAGGACAACAACAUCAGGAGGAGAAGAGGAGCAAUGCUGUUCGCUUUUUAAUUGACAUUUGCUCGAGUUGAGUUGCGUUUUGUUCAACAGCAAUUAGCUGGCCAAGGAAAACUUAAACGAAACAGAGGAAAAAAUCAGCAAAGCAGAGAGGAAAGAAGAGAGGGCAGAGCGGGAGCUCGCGGUGAAAAACAACAAAAGAGAGCAAUUAAAAUUGUAAAACAAUUGCAGAACUGCUGAAAAAUUGAAAGCAGAAAACAGCAGCAGCAAAUAACAAACGAACCCGCGGCCAAAAUAGAAUGAUCAAGUUGAUUUAAUUAAAAAUUAAAAACAUUUCAACCCGCGACGUGCCCUUGCCCCUCCAUCGGGCAAUGAAAUUUUAACAAGAACAUUUGAGCAAUGGCCGCUGCAAGGGAAACGCAGCCAUUGCCAUUGGCAGUGCCCUCAGGCGUAGGUUCAGACACAGAUUCAGAUUCAGGUUCAGGCUUCGGCUUCAGCUGCGACCCCAGCACCUGCUGUUGACACUUGUCACAUGCCUGGCCAAGAGGCGCGCACGUGACGCCCGCCCUCUCACAGCAAAAGUGAAUGAAUGAAUAAGGAAAUGAAUGACCCAGCCAGCCAUAUUCAAAAUUGAACGUUUAAACGUUUGCACGUACAGCGCAUAAAUUCCAAGUGAAAUUAAAGGACAUUUUGCCCCCAACAGGAAGGAAGGAGAGUCUACCGUAAUAGCGGAUAACGGGCAAAGGGGAGCAAGAGCAAGAAAAGAUGGUGAAAAUCGUGGCACCCCUGCGUGAUGUGGGCCUGCUGCUGGCAUGGUCACUGCUCCUAACGAGGUUGGCGUGCGCCCAACGUGAGGUCUCCACUCGAACCGAAGUCUCCACCCGCGCUGCUUCCGAAAUCUCAACUCCAUCUGCUGCCAAAGUCUCCACCAGCGCUGUUGGCAAAAUCCCGACUCGCGCUGCUGCCGAGAUCCCGACUCGCGCUGCAGCCGAUAUCUCGCCUCGCGCUGCUGCCGAAGUCUCCACUCGCGCUGCUGCCGAUCGGGAGGAGCAGCAAUUGUCGAAGCAGCACCGCGGCCUCAGCUACCAAAGCAUCCACCGCAUACUGCGCGAUGAGAAUGAACCAGCGAGCUUAAGGGGGGAGACAGCGAGCUUCCGGGCGGAGCAGCGCUACCAGCAGCAGCGUUUUAUGCAGACGCGGCAAAAGCGUGAGCUGAAUGCACCCGCCAACCGGCUGAAUCUCACCAAUCGCGGCCUGCGGCUGUACAACAGCAGCAGCGGGCAGUGGCAGGGCGACCUGCAGGUGAUCACGUCCAUGGAUUUGAGCAACAAUCGGCUGAGUCGCCUCAGCAUCGAUCACUUUCAGCAGCUGCGGCAGCUGGAUGUGAGCAAUAAUUCACUGAGUGGCAUACCUCUCAGCCUGGCCGACAGCAGUCCCUCGCUGCCGCUGGUGACACUCGACUUGUCCUGCAAUCGGUUCAGUCGGCUGUCGUCCAACUUCUUUGCGCAGCGACUGCCGCAGCUGCGGCACCUCAACCUCGCCCACAACCUGCUGGGCAACGUGUCCCGUGAGACGUUCUACAACCUGCUGGAGCUGCAGACGCUCCUCCUCAGCCACAACAACAUCUCGGACAUUGACUACGAAACGUUUCUGGCGCUGCCCAAUCUACAGCACUUGGAUCUGUCCCACAAUCGUCUGAGUGGAUCCGCCAUUCGGGCACUCCAGGGCAUACCCGACUUGGUUAGCCUCUCGAUCGCCCAGAACCCGCAGGUGGGGGCUGCCAUGCAGGAAUUUGUGGCUUCCUGGAGUCUCAAGGAGCUGGAUGCCAGCGGCACAGGCCUGUGUCAGGUGCCAGCCGCUCUCGCACAGUCGGUGCGCACAUUGAAGUUAUCCGACAACUGGCUCAAGUCCAUCAACUGCGGCGACAUGGACAGCUAUCCGCUGCUCCAAUACCUCGAUCUGUCCCAUUCCCGCAUUGCUCAUGUCGAGGACGAUGCCCUGGGCCGCUUGGAGCUGUUGGAGUUCCUCUUCCUCGAUCAUAAUCUCUUGAUGCGAGUGCCUGGCAGUCUGCCCACCUCGCUGGAGCAUCUCUUUUUGCAGCACAAUCAAAUAAUGGAGCUGCCGCCGCAGUCGUUUGCAGGGCUAACCAAUCUCCAGACUUUGGAUGUGUCCGGCAAUCGUUUGAUUUUCCUGCCCGCUCUGGCACUGCCCAAGCUGCUGACGCUGAACCUGCAGUCGUCUGGUGUGGAGAGUGUGAGUCAAUCGAUUGUGCACACAUUGCCGCAGCUGAGGGACUUGCUGCUGGAGGAUAAUCCCAUUAGGUGCAGUGAUCUGCUGAGCAUUGCCGAGUGGGCCAGCCCCUGUCGCGUCGUGGAUGUGGGUCAGCCGAGGGGCCAAAUCGAUUUGAAGCAGCAAUUUCUGCAGUUUCAUGACUUUUAUGAGAACUUUGGCAGUCAGUGUGGCAGGAGAAUGGAAGCGGGAGCAACGGAAGAUGACAAAAGGCCGCCCGAGUGCAGUCUGGAGGCCACUGCACCUGCAACAGCCACGCAGCGAACUCUGCCACAAGGCAGCCAAGAGUCAAAGGCACAAGAUAAGGCAACAACAACGCAGCAAUCAGCCGGUAACAACAUUCCUCAGUUAACCACAAAAACUUUGCGGCCAACAGAAACAACUUUGUUAGCGAAAAUUCAGCAACGGCAGCAGCAACAAAAAAUGCCUGGCAUGCCAAUUGCAACAACAACAGCAUCACAGAGUCUGCCAGCUGCAGCAACAACAACAACAAAAACCCGAGCCAGCCAACUGCAACAACAACAACAACAACAGCAUUGCCGAGUGUGCCAACUUUGCCUCAAACAAAGGCAACACAAGCGGUGAACAAUUUGGCAAUGCCAACAGCCACGAGAGCAACAACAACAGUAAUUACAACAACAACAAUGGCUACAACAACAGCAGCAACAACUACAACAACAAUGAAUUCCAACGAGCAAAUGCUGCAACCACAAACAGCAACCAAACCCAAGGGACUGGCAGUGCCAAAGAACAUUAGCGAACAUGCAACAAGAGCAG